UUUUUUUUUUUGGUCAAUCACCAAAAGGAGCAAUUAAAUUCUUCGUUUUCGCCUAAUUUCUAUUUCUUCAAUAUUCUCUAUUUUCAAUCACAUAAUGGAAAAUAAACAACAAUUUGUACAAUGCCACUCCAUUUCUGAAGCAUUGGGAAUUUCACAAGAAAGACGGUCUGCCAAUUAUAAGCCUAACAUUUGGAAAUAUGAUUUUUUGCAAUCACUUUCUACCACAUUUGAUGAAGAGAAGUUCAAAACUGAAGCUGAUUAUCUAAAAGAAGAAGCUAAACAUUUUUUUGUCGAAACAGUAGAUUUACAAGCUAAAUUACAGCUUAUUGAUUGCAUAAUUAAGGUAGGUUUAGCCAGCUUCUUCGAAGAUGAAAUCAAGAAUGCUUUAGAUGCAAUAGCUUCAUCUCUCAAGAACAACAAAUUUGAUGUGAAAGAAAAUCUGUACGUUACUGCAUUACGCUUUAGGCUUCUCAGACAACAUGGUUACUUAGUUUCACAAGAUAUUUUCAGUGAUUUUUUGAACGAGUCGGGUAAUUUCUUGAGAGGGACAUGCUCAGACAACAAUGGAGUUUUAGAGGUUUACGAGGCUUCGUACGUAGGGUUAGAAGGUGAAAAUAUAAUGGAAGAUGCCAAGGUUUUCUCAACCACAAUUCUUAAGAAUAUCAAACCGUCUGACACCAACCUUUAUAAGCACGUGAUCCAUGCUCUGGAGGUCCCAUCUCAUCGGAGAGUUCUGUGGUUUGACGUCAAAUGGCAAAUCAAUAUGUUUGAGCUGGAAGACAACAACGUUAACAAAAUUAUACUUGAGUUGGCUAGAAUUAACUUCAAUUUGUCCCAAGCUACACUCCAAAAAGACCUUAAAGAUAUUUCCAGGUGGUGGAGAAAUUUGGGGCUGAUUGAAAAUUUAAAGUUUUCGAGGGAUCGAUUAGUUGAAAGUUUUUUAUGCACCGUAGGGCUUGUAUUUGAGCCUAAGUACAGCUCCUUUAGAAGAUGGCUGACCAAAGUGAUUAUUAUGGUAUUAAUCAUUGAUGAUGUUUAUGACAUUUAUGGUUCGUUGGAAGAACUACAACAUUUCACUAAAGCUAUUAAUGGGGGUGAUAUUAAAGAAAUAGAAAAACUUCCGGAAUGUAUGAAAUUAUGCUUCGAUGCACUUCAAAGCAUCACUCAUGAAACUGCCUAUGAGAUGCAGACAGAAAUGGGAUGGGACCAAACACAAACACAAACUCACCUGAAACAAGUGUGGGCAGAUUUCUGUGAAGCAUUAUUUGUGGAGGCAAAAUGGUAUAAUAAAGGGCACACACCAUCCUUGCAAGAAUAUAUGAAUAAUGCUUGUAUUUCAUCGUCAGGCAGUAUCCUUAGUGUUCAUUCAUUUUUCGCAAUUAUGAAUCAAGAAUCAACACACGACAUGCUACAUUAUCUCAAGACUAAUCAAGAUUUGUUUCACAAUAUAUCCGUAGUCAUCCGGCUCUGUAACGAUUUAGGCACUUCAGUGGCCGAGCAAGAAAGAGGAGACGCCGCGUCAUCGAUAGUAUGCAAUAUGCGAGAAAAAAAUAUUUCAGAGGAAGAAUCAAGAAAUCACAUCAAGAAAAUGAUAGAAAAUUCAUGGAAGAAAUUAAAUGGAAAAUUCUUUGUUCAAUCACCUAAUUAUGAGCUGCAAUUAUUCGUGAAUGUGAACAUUAAUAUGGCUCGAGUGGCGCAUAAUUUGUAUCAAAAUAGAGAUGGAUUUGGGGUUCAAGAUCGUCAAAAUAAGAAGCAACUUUUUUCCCUCCUCGUCGAUCCACUCAAACUAUAAGUAUGGUUUAUUAGGGUUAGAUGCAUUGUGGACAUAUAUGUAGUACAAUUAAAGUUUGAUAUGUUUAAUGUAUGAUCGGUCAAUUUACAUAUUGAUGUUGUAAGUUUUACCAAUUAAUAUUAUCAAGUCAAAUUCCACUU